AUGUUUACACAAUUUCAGAACUUGGUGUUAGUGUCCCUGUGUGUGGCCCUUCUGGUGGUGUCCAGCUCCGCCAGGCCCGGUGGACGAAGAGUUGGCGGUGGCGGCUAUGGAGGAGGUGGCGGUGGCGGCUAUGGAGGAGGUGGAGGUGGUUAUAGUGGUGGUGGAGGGGGUUAUGGAGGUGGAGGCGGCGGCGGCUAUGGUGGUAGGGGCGGCGGUGGCUAUGGUGGAAGCGGCGGCGGCGGAAAUGGCGGAGGUGGAUACGGAGGUGGCGGUGGCGGCUACGGCGGUGGUGCUGGCGGCUCCGGCGGUGGUGCUGGCGGUUACGGCGGCGGAGGUGGAGGUUAUGGAAAAUAA